GCUGACUCAGACAAAGAAGCUUCUAGGAUCGUCUUAUUAGGAAAAUUCUAAACUGAAAAAUGAGGAUUAUGCUGUGGUGUUUGACUCUAAUUCUUUUCAGCUUUAUCGAAUCUCGAUCAGAGCGUUUACAGGUGCUUGGUCCAGAAGAGCCUCUUGUUGCUGUGGUUGGUGAAGAUCUGGUUCUGCCCUGUUUUAUCAAACCCAACACAAGUGCUGUGGACAUGACAGUGGAGUGGUUCAAACUCUAUGUAGAAGACUCAUUAGUGCAUCUCUAUAGGGAUCAUGAAGACAAAAAUGAAGGUCAGGCUCAGUCCUAUAGAGGAAGAACAUCACUUUUUAAAGAGGAGCUACAGAAAGGCAAUGUUUCACUCAAACUCUCAGAUCUCAGAGUCUCUGAUGAAGGAGAAUAUAAGUGUCUUGUUGAGGACAAUUCCUGGUAUGAUGACAUCACUGUGAACGUCAUUGUGGAGGCUCAGGGAAGCCACCCAGUGAUAAUGAUGGAGAGUUUUGGUAACUCAGGAGGGAUUAAUCUAGUGUGUGAGUCCAGAGGCUGGAACCCUGAACCUGAUGUUCUGUGGCUGGACAGAGAAGGAGUCACUCUGACUGCUGAAGAUACACAGAUACACAGAGACACUGAGGGCUUCAGUGUGAAAAGCCGCAUCACUGUUUAUGAUUAUAGCGACUCCAACAGGUUUUAUUGCAGACUUCAGCAACAACAUCACAUGCUGGAGACAGAGAUUAUCAUCAAUAGUAAAGUCUUUGAUGCUUGGAAGUGGAUUGUUGGGAUUUCAGUUUCAGCAUGUCUUAUUGCUGUUGGAUUGAUCAUAACUGCAACUGUUUGCAAUUAUCACAAGGAAGAGAUAAAGAAGGAGAAGCAGUCCACAGAGAGGCAGAUACGGAGGCUGGAAGCUGAACUGCAGAGACAUCGUGUGGAAUAUGCCUUUUUAAAGAAGAAGCAGUAUGCAGUGGAUGUGACUCUGGAUCCUGAUACAGCUCAUCCUGAUCUCAUCCUGUCUGCUGAUGGAAAACAAGUGAGAGAUGGAGAUGAACAACAAAAUCUCUCUGAUACACCACAGAGGUUUGAUACAUGUCCAGGAGUUCUGGGAAAGCAGAGUUUCUCCUCAGGAAGAUUUUAUUAUGAGGUUCAGGUAAGAGGGAAAACUGACUGGUCAUUAGGAGUCAUGAGAGAGAACAUUAACAGGAAGGGGAAGAUUACACUGAGUCCUCAGAAUGGAUUCUGGACUAUGGUACUGAGGAAUGAGAAUCAGUAUAAGGCUUGUGCUUGUCCCUCUGUUCCCAUCACACUGAGAGAGAAGGUGGAGGUUGUGGGGGUGUUUGUGGAUUAUGAGGAGGGUCUGGUCUCCUUUUAUGAUGUGAAGUCCAAAUCUAAUAUCUACUCUUUCACUGGUCAGUCUUUCACUGAAAAACUCUAUCCAUACUUUAGUCCUUAUUUACAUCAUGAAGGUACAAAUUCAGCACCACUGAUCAUCUCUCCUGUAUUUAAGACUGAAUAAAUUUAAACCUCACAAAUUUCAUUCUAGAAUAAAUGUUGAGAAUAAUUUAUUUGUUUAACUUUACAAAUACAUAUUCUCAUUUAAAAUGUUUCAAAUUACAUUAUAACAUCUGUAAUCCUACAGUCUGUUAUUAAAGAUAAUAAUCCUACAGUCUGUUAUUCAUCAUCAUUACAAAUCAAAUAUCAAGCUCAAGAUACAGUUUACACUGAACAUUACUGCAGAUUUUAAUAUUAUUACCAUUGUCUUUUGGCUGCUCCCUGAUCGGACACCACAGCAGAUCAUCUGAUCCACAUCUCUUAUUUGUUUUUACACUAGAUGCCUUUCCUGAUGCAACUCAACCAUCUUAUCCAGGCGUAGUACGAGCACUGAGCCCUUAGUGGCUGUGUUGGUUUCCUAGUUCUGGGUUCUGGGUUCUGAGAACUGAGUUACCUGGUACUGUAUACUAUACCUGAUUUGGCUUUGAACUACAACAUGGAUGAUGGCAAUCAAUGUCUCAUCAUUAACUCUAUCAUUUUCAUCCAUAUGCUUUAAUGUUUAAAAAUAUAGGAGAAACAGAUGUCACUAACACAACCGGAAAGUAGCUCAGGCUUAAAAUACAACAGUGAUGGUGGUAAUCUGUCUGUUUUAUUAACUCAUUUCAUCACACUUCACCCUAGUGGCAAAGCUGUGGGGAAAUGGAUGGGUUUAUGUGGACCCAACAUGAAAUGUUUGUAUGUUAAGUUGCAGAACUGUAGUACAUUGAUAAAUGCAUGGUGCAAAUUUUACCAUAGAUUAACAUCUUGAUCCAAGAUAGCUGCACGGCAGUAGCAUGCAACGGCCACUCCUGAUACAUUAUGGUGCUAUUUACGUUUUUAUUUACAUUUUUUUUAGCUCUGACUUUGUUUUAUGUAGCACUAUGGUCCUGGAGAAACAUUGUCUUAUAUCACUGUGUACUG